AUGGAGGAUGCCUUUGAAGCAUUCCAUGUUGACAAGGUGCUGGUGAGCAAGUACUUGAAGUCACUGCAGAUCGGGGAGCUGGCACCAGAUCAACCCAGUAUUGAGCCCACUAAAAAUAAAAUGCUGGUGAAAGACUUCCGUGAAUUGCGUGCUGCUGUUGAGAAAAUGGGACUUCUGAAGCCAAAUCAACUCUUCUUCUUCCUGCACCUCGCUCACAUCCUCCUGUUGGAUACUGCUGCUUGGCUCAUUCUCUUCUACUUUGGGACAUCCUUAGUGCCCUUUAUUGUCUCUCUGGUGGUGCUGACCAUUUCCCAGGUCCAGGCUUCAUGGUUACAACAUGAUUUAGGACAUCUUUCAGUAUUCAGAAAGACCAAGUGGAACCACUUGCUGCAUAAGUUUGUGAUGUGCCAUUUGAUUGGGGCAUCAGCCAAAUGGUGGACUCUUCUGCACUCCCGGCACCAUGCCAAACCCAACUGCUUCCAGAAAGAUCCCGAUAUUGAUAUGCACCCUUUCUUGUUUACUCUGGGGAAGAAAUUCUCUGUGGAGCUUGGGAUCAAAAAGAAAAAAUACAUGCCAUACAAUCACCAACACAAAUACUUCUUCAUCACUCUUCCUCCGCUCCUGUUUCCCACCUACUUCCACUGCCACACGUUUUAUAUUGCAUACACAAAAAGGUACUGGGUGGACUUGACCUGGAUGCUGACCUUCUAUAUCAGAUUCUUUUUUACUUAUGGAUCAUUAUUAGAAAUAAAGAGUCUCCUGGCAUAUUAUUUUAUAUUCAGGAUGUUGGAGAGCAGCUGGUUUGUCUGGGUUUCACAGAUGAACCAUAUCCCUAUGGAUAUUUACUAUGACAACAAUUUGGACUGGGUGUCUACUCAGCUCCAGGCAACGUGCAAUGUUGAGCAGUCUCUGUUCAAUGACUGGUUUACCGGGCAUCUGAAUUUCCAGAUUGAACAUCACCUAUUCCCCACAAUGCCAAGACACAACUACUGGAAGGUGGCUCCACUGGUGAAGUCCUUGUGUGCCAAACACGGCAUUGAGUACCAAUGUAAGCCGUUGCUCACGGCUUUUGCAGACAUCGUGCACUCUCUGAAGAAUUCAGGAGAGCUCUGGCUUGAUGCCUACCUACACAAAUAA